AUGCCACCAAGAAAUGUACACACCUUGGGAAGUGGUGAUUCAAGAAGAUCUAGUUCAAAUACAUCCAAUGUAUCAAAUCCAACAUUUAGAACAAUAUGGGAUAGUAUUCCACCAGUAACCAGAGCUAUCGUACUGUUAUUAUGUACUGUAACGUCUGCCUAUGUUUUACAACUGGUUCAUUUCGGAUAUCUUAUUUUCCAAUGGAAUGAAACUUUCAGAUAUUUCCAAUUGUGGAGAAUGAUUACAUCAUGUAUGAUUCUUCCAGCACAAGCUAUGCCUGCACUUUUCGAAAUAUAUAAUAUUUUUACUAGAUCAGCUCAACUAGAGAAUGAACACUUUUUUAUUACUAGUAUAGCGAAUCCAUCUAUCGAUUACACAUUCUACAUCUGUUUCUGUAUUCUAUUCAUUGCCAAUAUCAAUGCAUUAGUAUUUGGUACUUCUUCAAAUAUGGUCCUUACAAGUGCAUUUACCUCAUGUUUAACAUUUACUUGGGCAGUAGAUAAUGCCAACACCAAAAUUUUAUUCUAUGGUGUUUUACCGGUAUAUGGGAAAUAUUAUCCAUUAAUUACACUUGCAAUAGCAUUUAUCUUUGGGGAAGGUAAUUUCUUCGUCUCUUUAAUCGGUAUAUUGGUCGGUUAUAUAUUUUUAUGCUUGGAUACUCGGACAUUUGGUCCAAUAUGGGGGUUCAUUACCAAAAAAAGUUCUAGUUAUGGAAGGGCUCCAGGUGGCAAAUUUUGUGCACCACGGUGGUUUGUAUACUUAUACGAAACUAUCUUUAGAAUUGACAAACGCCACAGAUUUGCUGCAACAAUGGUAGCACCAUCCACCUCUAGUGGCUCAAGUAAGUCCGGGUUUAAGGGUAAUGGUUCUAGAUUAGGUGGCACGUCUACUAGCGGGAAUAAGCUUGGCGGUAUCGGUCAAACAAGUACAAAAGACACUAAAGCACCAACUAAUGCCACCUCAUCGGGUCUCAGCACAACAAGUGCUGGUACUGGAAAUUUUCGUGGUUCUGGACAGCGUUUAGGUGCCAAAGAAGAAUGA